GUAAAAACACUAAAGGGGUAGCUAUGGAGAUGGAGCGUUUUGCUGGCUGCUUUCUUUGACAGGUGUUGAGUGGGGCAAAAGUCUUAAAACAGAAGCAGCAUGUACGCCAAAGGUAAAGGAGCCGUCGUCCCUUCCGACAGCCAGGCGAGAGAAAAGUUAGCUUUAUAUGUGUACGAGUAUUUGCUGCAUGUUGGUGCGCAGAAAUCAGCACAGACCUUCCUGUCAGAGAUCCGAUGGGAGAAGAACAUCACACUUGGAGAACCUCCUGGAUUUUUACACUCAUGGUGGUGUGUAUUCUGGGAUCUGUACUGCGCUGCCCCGGACCGGAGGGAGACGUGCGAACAUUCCAGCGAGGCCAAGGCUUUCCAUGACUAUAGCGCGGCCGCUGCUCCCAGUCCAGUGAUGGGCAACAUGCCACCCAAUGAUGGCAUGCCAGGAGGACCCAUGCCCCCGGGCUUCUUUCAAGGUCCCCCAGGAUCUCAGCCUUCGCCUCACACGCAGCCUCCUCCACAUAACCCCACUAAUCCCAUGAUGGGACCUCAUGGACAGCCAUUCAUGUCUCCACGGUACCCAGGUGGUCCAAGGCCCUCCCUCCGUAUGCCAAAUCAGCCUCCCGGGAGCAUCCCCGGGUCACAGCCUCUCCUUCCAAACAGCCUGGACCCCACCCGACCUCAAGGACAUCCAAACAUGGGCGGUCCAAUGAGAAUGAAUCCCCCCCGAGGCAUGGGAGGCAUGGGCCCACAGAACUAUGGCGGAGGGAUGAGGCCUCCUCCAAACUCCAUGGGGCCAGGGAUGCCCGGCAUGAACAUGGGUCCUGGCGGAAGAGGUCCGUGGCCGAACCCCAACACCAACUCAAUAGCUUAUUCAUCUUCAUCUCCAGGCAACUAUGUGGGUCCUCCGGGGGGAGGCGGCCCACCAGGAACUCCCAUCAUGCCUAGCCCUGGAGAUUCAACAAAUUCAAGCGAAAACAUCUACACAAUGAUGAACCCCAUCGGCCCUGGUGGUAAUAGACCUAAUUUCCCAAUGGGACCAGGUCCCGAUGGGCCCAUGGGUGGAAUGGGUGCUAUGGAUCAGCAUCAUAUGAAUGGAUCACUAGGCUCUGGUGACAUGGAUGGGUUGCCAAAGAAUUCUCCCAACAAUAUGGCAGGCAUGAACAAUCCUCCCGGCACUCCGCGGGAUGACGGCGAAAUGGCAGGCAACUUUUUAAACCCAUUCCAAAGUGAAAGUUAUUCACCCAACAUGACGAUGAGUGUGUGAUUUUUUUUUUUUUUAAUCUUUUAUUUUAUUUUACGUUUUCAUCUCCCUUUAUCUCAACCUCCCUUUCCCGUCCACCCUGAUGCGUCUUGCAUUACCCUCCUCCUCUUCCUCCUAUUCGUGGAUGGUGUGCUGUGCCACACAGCCCCUGGGGAUUCCCCUGGAAAGCAGGAUUCGCCUCAAGGCCCCCCAUCCCACCAACACCUCCAAACUGGGUGUAAGAACAUGAAAAGGCCUCCGAGCAGCAGGAAGGAUCUCGUCUUCGCUCCGUCGAGGGUCCGAGCGCCGUGAGACCGCGAACCUGCCCCAAGCGUGUCUUUCUUGCAUCCGAAACCUGCCCUAGUGGGUGACGUCCAGGCCCAAUCGAGACGCCCCUCCGCAUUCAGCUCCGCCCCGCCGUCACCCUGUUCUCACAUCAAGCUGAUUAAAACUGACGAGGGCGCGCAGCAGUCCUCCGACCCGGGGCCGAGAGCCCUCAUUUCAAAAGCUCUGCUCCUGUGACAGGAUUGGUUAAAAAAGAUGAACUGAUGAUGUCAUUUUGGGGCGAGAACGGUUUUCAUUCAGUGUUUGUAUUUUUUGUUGUUGCUGAUGAUAUUAUUGUUCUAAUUUUCAUAAUUGAUAUCGUUUGACUAAUGUAGUUAUGAUUUCCUGUAAAGGGCACAUUUUCUCUCAGCAGCAGCAGCGACGGUGACAGAAUAAGCACACGCUCGAAAAAUGCACAAUGAUUUUCUGUUUACGUGAUUUGAUUUGUUGUUUGUCUCGUUUCUGCCACCGUCAGCCUCGCGUCACAAACCUCCUUUAAUGUUUGUCUCCUAAAUGUGUUCCCCAAACUUCACGGGAAGAGUAUCUUGGUAACCGAGUUGUGUUUUCAGGUACAGUGUGUCUGUAGAUGCACCUGACGAUCACACGUCUAACUGUACUGUCUUAAAAAGUAACCCUUCUCCUAGCUUCCUGCUCUUUUGCUGGUAGAAAAUGGCUCUGAUGACACCCUGACGUGAUUGUCAGGUGCCAUUUUUAAUUCAGAAAUUUUGUGAAUCCACUCGUCUCCUCUACGGAUUGGGUCUUUUCUGUAAAUGUAACAUAUUUAGCUUGUACUGUGUUUUCUUUUCUAUCUUUUGUUUUAAUUAUUUGUUAUUUACAAGUCGUCUGUGACUCCUGGAACGUGUUUCCCUACCCUUCAUCCUCUUGCUUUGUUUGAUUUCACUGUUUUUAUGGACUCCAAGUGGCCCCUUUUCUCCUCCCAGGAUUCAUUCUGGUCCAUCCAGCAACUCCUUUUGGGCUGGAAGCAAAUGUGGGAGACACUCGUUUGGGUUGAAAUCACAAAUACUGCUGGGUCCAUCUUCUUAACUCUGGGUUAAAUACCUGCCUCUGUGGAGUUCCCAUCAGUGAGUCCCACAUGUGCGGGAUAACGGACCCGUGGGAGCGCUGAUGAUGGGAGCUGGGAGUUGAUCGUAAACCAUCUAAAGAAGAGGAUUACUUGCAAUCAAUAAGUUUCCAUUUUGUUUUUGUUUUUAAUUUCAAAUGUAUGAAAUUGAUUAAAAAAAAUAAAGCCCAUAGAAUCUGCACACAGAAACGUCAAAGUCACACAGUACGCUAUUUAAUUUGUUUCUGAUGAACGCUCGCUGUCACCGGUUCAGAGGGUAAACUGUUUCUUUCAGUUGCUUCGCAGCUGUUUUCAAACCAACGACAACUGAGCAACCAGCGUUGCCUCUAUGGGUGGUGGUGAUGUACUUAUCAAUUUCCUGAUAUCAAUGUGAACAGUUUGUACACAGCGUUAAACAGGGACAUCUCCAGGGUCUGGCCGUCGGUGGCCUGGAAAUCACUCAGCCCAGUGUUCCUCCUAUGUAGUGACACACGCCUCCCGCACCCCUCCCCCCUCCUUCCACACCCCUCACCCUUUGAUUUCCCUUUUUGUAAAUACUGUAUAAUGCAUUUUGAUAUCAUUGACAUGUUUUGAUAUGUCAGUCACUACCAAUGAAUACAGCUGAAAGUAAAUUAUAAAUAGAUCUGUCCAUGUUUUUCAUAGUGAAAGGAUGCACUGACUAUUUGGCUCAUGUGGCUAAAUUUCUAGAAUACAGUAAACAUGGCUAAAUGUAUAGAAUACAUUGAGACACUUAAUGCAGACCGUACGCUAAAGGCGUGCGUGGCGGGGAGGACGGGACAGAGAGGAGCAAAGAGCCGCGGCGUCCUCGCUCUGCCCUCCACUCCUCUGUUUUGGUUUUGAAAAAUCGUGUGAAUAGUUUUUCCAGAAAAACGACAAAAAAGGGCAUCUUCUCACAAAAAAAAACAUGUGACCUCAUAUUGCAGUUUUUAAUAUGAAGGAUUUUUAUCAAUUUAAGAAACUUUUAAAAAGGAAAAAAUACUUAAGGAAACCUCAUUUUAAAUUAAGAAGAUCAAAAUGUAAUACUUAUGGGGAAAACUGUGUCCUUUGCUAUUCGCUCCUGUAAUAGCGUUGUAUAGUUUGAAGCUCUCUCACUGAUCCUCUCUCAGUCCUCUGUGUAUAUCGAUCGUCGGCCAUCUCUGUACUUCUAUUGUGAUGUAUAAUACUGUACCAUUAGGAAGAUUUGCUGGUCGGGCGGGGGGGUUGUAUUGAGACGGGGAGGGGUGGGGAAUCGGGGUAAGGGCGUAUAACGAUUCUCCUGUACCGUUCACGGUCCUUUCUGAUGACACGGCAGUAUUCAAUAUGAAGCAGUCUGUCUCUUGGGUUUGCUUUGUAUUUCAUGGUAGGAUAGUUCAGAAUCUUGUCUUAGGGACUUAGGUGUCUUGUGUAGGUAAUAAAGAUGUUCUUUGUAUGUUUCUUUAUAUUGUAAAGUUUCUUUAGACUGAAAGAAAAACAGAUAAUUUGCUUAUCAAAAAAGAAACAAUGCAUCAAUAAUAAAUGUCAUUUGAUUUUU